AUGGUCAUCCAAUCGAUCGCCCUGUUAGAUCAGCUUGAUAAGGACAUCAAUUUGUUUGGGAUGCGCAUCCGAGAAUGGUACUCAUACCACUAUCCUGAGCUUUUCAAACUUGUACCGGAUCAAUACAGAUACGCGAGAUUGGCUGUGACGAUUUUGGAUCGUAACAAGAUGCACGAAAAUGAAAAUUUGUUGGCUGACAUUACUGAAAUCUUGGACGGUGAUGAAGAGAAGGCGAAUGAAGUGAUUGAGGCCGCUAGAACUUCCAUGGGAAUGGAUAUUUCGGACUUGGACCUUGUUAACAUUGAGAGGUUUGCGACUCGUGUUGCCUCUUUAACUGAAUACCGUCAGCACCUCCAUGAGUACAUCAAGGAUCGUAUGAAUAGCUGCGCUCCGUCGUUGAGUGCUUUGAUUGGAGAGCAGGUCGGUGCUCGGCUCAUAUCUCACGCAGGAUCUCUCACCAACUUGGCAAAGUAUCCAGCGUCUACAGUUCAGAUUCUUGGCGCGGAAAAAGCUCUGUUCAGAGCUCUGAAAACUAGAUCGGCGACACCUAAGUACGGUCUUCUGUUUCAUUCUUCAUUCAUAGGACGAGCAUCGGCAAAGAAUAAAGGAAGGAUUUCUCGUUUCCUUGCCAAUAAAUGUACAAUAGCUUCCAGAAUCGAUUGUUUCUCGGAGGUUCCUGUUUCUACAUUCGGAGAAUUCCUGAAAGGGCAGGUUGAGGAACGUCUGAAGUACUUCGAAACUGGUGAGGUACCACAGAAGAACCUAGAUGUAAUGGUGAAAGCUCAAGAAGAAGCCAAGGUUGUCCAGGAAAAGGUGCUGAAAAAGAGAAAGAAGGCGGCUAAAAAGGCUAGAAAGAUUCAGGAAGAAGCGCAGGCUGAGACAUCCGAAACUCCAGAAAAGCCUAGAAAACGGCCGGCUGAGCCUGUU